GGCAAUGUGCUCUUUUGUUCAGUACAAAUAUGGCACACGUGAAAACGGUUACAUCAUUAUGUGUGUUAAUAUUACUGAGUGCAGCAUGUCGAACGUAUAGCGUUUCUAACAGUUGUGCCCAGCUGUACAGUGGCGUGUUCACCAACAACCACGUGGAGGGGACACAAAUGUUUCUACGUUGUCGGAUCUUCUUACCAUGUCCACAUCUCAAUGUUUCCAAAGUGGAAGCUAUUGAGAUCUACCGGUCAUCUGGUGACCAUCUGGCCAAGAUGGACAGCACCCGAAACGUUACAAUCUACCCUGCCGGACUGGCGAUCAAAGCCGUGGAGAGCGGCAGCGUGGUCAGCAGUGCCCUGCACAUGCUGGGGAUCCAUGUCCGGACGUCCGCUCUGAAAGACGACGCCCAGUUUGGUUGCGCAGUGACGGUGAUCAACACCGAGGGGGAAGCGGUUUCCCUGACCAGCUCCAGCAAACUGGACAUGAUGACAAGCUUCUUUGCGCUGGAGAGCAUCUUGAACUAUACGAGGCUCACUUUCUUUCAGAGUGCGCCCUUACGUUACCGACAGCACAGCUACUACUACGGUUACAUUAUGGGCGCCAGCAGCCACCGUGCCAUGCAGUACUGCUCCACCCUCGAUGGUUACCUGGCUGAACUGGACGACAAAGAAGAGUUUGACGCCAUCGCAGACUUUAUACUGACCAUCAAUAUAAAGGUCAAUGUCAGGGUCGGUGGUUUCUAUGACAACACUGAAAAUAAAUGGAUUUUUCAACACAGUGCAAAACCUGUCACGUUCUUCGCCUGGGAAUCAGAGAAACCACUUGCUGGUGGAAGUUGUCUCGCCUUAAAGAGGGUUCAAAACAUAACUUCUGCUAGUAUUUUCAUGAGUGAUGUCCCUUGUUCUGGUCAAUUUAAGGCGACAUUUCUUUGUGAAGUCGAUAAUUAGUGGAUGGGAAAUUAAUUAGAAAUAAAUAUUUGAAAAAUACUGAAAUAAAAUAGACAUUUCUGUCUUUUUCUAAGUGUUAAUCGCAAAAAAGAUUACUUGUCGUUUUGAAGAUGUUAAGUUCAGUUCUCCGUGAAGGCUGUGAUUAGUUAAUCAAUUCAUGCACUUAAAGAUGUUGUUGUAUUAAUAUCUCAAAAAUACCAUUUACAGACACUUCCAAUACACCUCCCAUAGAUAUCUAUUUCAGACGCCUUUUAUAGACACUUCAAAGACUCCUCCCACAGAUAUUCCUCACAGAUCCCAUUCAUAGACACUUCAAAGAGUUCUCCCACAGAUAUUCCUCACAGAUCCCAUUCAUAGACACUUCAAAGACUCCUCCCACAGAUAUUCCUCACAGAUCCCAUUCAUAGACACUUCAAAGACUUCUCCCAGAGAUAUCUCUCUACACCGCAGAUUCAUGUAUUCAUCAAUACAGUGUCGACAAGGACGAACUGAGUAUAUUGAAAAAAGAAUCUAUAAUACCACAGAGGAAAAACAUUUGCGUCUGCUCAUUGCAAAAAU